AUGGACGUCCUGGCGCCGCUGUCCCGCGCGCAUAUCGGCUCGCCGGCCGCGGCGGCCGCCUCCGCUCGCCCAUACGUUCUUCAUCGUUUCAACCGGAGGACCAUCCGCCGGCGAGGCGCCGGCCUGCGCUGCCGCCGGCGCCUGCUCAGCGCGCGGGGAGAGCGCCCGGCUCCGGAUGACGAUGAGGACGACGGGGAGGUGGCUGGGUUCGACGCAGCGGUGGCGCUAUUCAACGGCGGGGAGUACCACGCGUGCCACGACGUGGUAGAGGAGCUCUGGUACAGCGCCGAGGACCCCGGCCGGACGCUCCUCCACGGCGUCCUCCAGUGCGCCGUAGGCUUCCACCACCUCUUCAACCAGAACCACCGCGGCGCCAUGAUGGAGCUCGGGGAAGGCCUCUGCAAGCUCCGCCGCCUGCGCCUGGAGGACGACGGCGACCAAGGGCCCUUCUCUCGAUUCCGGGACGAGGUCGCCGCCGUGCUCAGCUUCCUCUACCGCACCCAGAAGGAGCUCGCGGCAUGUAACGACGAGCUGUGCUUGGCCAUGGAUGGCUCCGCGACCUCGUACCAGCUGCUCGGCGACUUCGCUGCCGGGCAGCGGCUGUACCGGCAGGGAGUCGACGCGGACGGCGUCCCGAGCAUCCUCUUCUCCGGCCGCUCAUCCGGCGACUACCUCGCUCCUCCAUGCACGGUGAAACUUCCAUCGCUACACGCCACGGAGCAGCACCUCGCGGCGCUCCAGCGCGCGCACGAGUACUCGUAG